AUGAGUGAAGACCAUGGAGCAGAACCUCCUCCAGAAGCCUGCAAAGCAACCGGUCGUGAAAGCUCGAGCCAAGCCCGUAGUCAAGUCCAGCAGGCUAUUCAGAAAUUUGCGAAAGGCAUCACCAAGAAAAUUUCUACACGCUCCAAGCGUCCCCACAGCCUCAUUCCUGCAGGUCUGAAUGUCGACCUUCAAGAUACUCCAUCGAAUCAGAAUGUUGAGGACGUGUCACAUCCACAUCCUUCCGCCAACAAGCAUCCCGCCUCAUCUGAAAAUCCUAGUGGCUGCAUAAAUCAAGGCUCACCCAGAGAACCUAUUUCGAAGGCUGUGAGCAUUCCCUCUGGUGUAGAUGAAACUUCAGGUCCCGAAUCAGUUGGUACCGAACUUCAGGGUGCCCACGAGGCUUCAGAACAUAUGAAAACACUCGGGGGACGUGCGCAGUCUGUAGCAUCCAUCGCCAACAAUACCCUUGCAGAUCUCGCUGCCGCAGAUAAUUUCCAGACCAACUAUCUCCAACCCCUGAAGAUUUUCGACACUGCCAUUGAGAAGAUCGCAAAUGUAUGGGCUUUUCUGCUUAGCUGGUAG